AUGGCGUCCAAUGAAAGUCGAGGGCCUUUAGCCAAUUUAACAAAUGUUCAAACACCACAAUCGUGCGUUGUGGAUUACAAUAGCUCAUCACCAAAUAUGUCAAUGCAACGUGGUUUGAUGGCAGCUUUUGAUAGUGUGGUCCAUGAUACUCCCUCAAACUCUACAAAUUAUACUGAUUAUUACAGUGAUAUUGGUGAUCAAAUAUACUCAUGCCAGCACUGUGGAGCUAUGUUUUGGUUAGAUGAGCGAGUUAAUAAAUCUAGCGGUGUUCGAAAUCCCAAAUAUUCACUAUGUUGCAGUCAUGGAAAGAUCAAGUUGUCGCCUACAAAUAUUCCACCUCUGGCAAUUAGGCAGUUGUUCUUUAACCAAGAUCAAAAGAGUACCCAUUUCUUGAAGAACAUUCGGUCCUUUAACAAUAUGUUUUGCUUUACUUCCAUGGGUGGAAAAAUUGACAGAACGAUCAACAAUGGGAGUGCACCACCAACAUAUAGGUUACAUGGUCAAAAUUUUCACUUAAUGGGUAGUUUGCUACCACAAUCUGGCGAAAGACCAAAGGAAGAUGAUUCAACCACUACAUUGCAUCGUGAAAUUGUUAAAGACAUUAAGGAUGCACUAGAUGAAAAUAAUGUUUUGGUCAAGAUUUUUAGGAUGGCCAAAACACAGAUGGAAAGUAAUCAUAGAGCAGAUAUUAAAAUCAAACUCAUCGGUAAGAGGAAUAAAGAUGCAAGGACAUAUAACUUGCCACAGGUUGGAGAGGUGGCGGCAUUGAUUGUUGGUAAUUUAGAUCCAAACAUGGGGGAAAGAGAUAUAUUGGUCGAAUCUAAAGCUGGUCAUUUUCAAAGAAUAACUAAAUUAAAUCCAGCAUAUCUCCCACUUCAAUACCCACUGCUCUUUCCUUAUGGUGAAGACGGUUACAGAGACGAUAUACAGUUUAGUAAUGUCGAAGGUCGGAGUUCAAAUGCAAGGAGUAAACUUAGUCCAACGAAGUAUUUUUCAUUCCGUUUGCAAGAUAGGUUCAAUGAAAUCUCAACAUUGCUUUAUGCUAGAAGGUUGUUUCAACAAUAUUUGGUUGAUGCUUAUACCAAUUUAGAAUCGGGACGCUUGGUUUAUAUUAGGACUCAUCAAAAGUCACUUCGGUGUGAAUCAUACAAAUGUUUGACAGAUGCGUUAACACGUGGUGAAGUAGAUCCUACGGCCCAAGGAAAGCGCAUCAUUUUGCCAUCGAGUUUUACCGGAGGUGCAAGAUAUAUGGUGCAAAAUUACCAAGAUGCAAUGGCGAUUUGUAGAUAG